AUUUAUUCACAUACCAAAUUCAUAUACCAAUUCGAGAACCAAAUCCCAGAAAUAUUUUCAGCAACUCCAAAAUUUUUAAGUUCGCCAUAUUUAAAACCAUGAUUUAUGCGAACGUGGUGCGCCUGAUUUCCCUACUGGUGGGCUGUUUAUACCCGGCAUUCGCGUCCUACAAGAUCCUGAAUGGUCAGAGGCGAAGCGAUGAGGUUGAACUCCGCAGGUGGUUGUCGUACUGGAUCGUUUAUGGUGUUUACGUGGUUUUUGAUUACAUAACAGCCAGUCUGGUGACAUUCAUUCCGUUCUUAAACGAGAUCAAGCUUCUCUUCCUCUUCUGGCUGCUACCCACAGUGGGUGGCGGCAAUGAGGUGAUCUAUGAGGAGUUCCUGCGGUCCUUUUUCAGCAACAAUGAAUUCUCCAUUGACCAGGUCGUCACCCAUGCCACUUUGACAGGGGGUGAAUUAGUGGGCCAACUUUUGGGCUCUGUUCUUGGGCAACUGAUGGCCAUUGCGGACAGCUGGUUCCUAUCCCGCGGACAACGCCCACCCCUUCAUAUCACGCCCAGCAUCGAGGAUCUCGUCAACGACGUGAUAGCCAAAAGGCAGUUGAAGGAAAAACGAAAGCAGCAGGAAAACCUAUCUGAUACCAUUAAUGAAGUCCUGGGAGAAAAGAGUGAUAGGAAUAGCACUUUGGCUAGUUUGGAUUUACUAGACGAAUCGGAAUCGGAUCUGCUGAUCCUUAAAAAUCAUAUUGCCAGUCCCAAAGAUAAACCCCAAACCCCGCCGAAGCCAAUGCGUCCGUCAUCCCUUUGUAACCAGGAAAUGGAUCUUAAGGCGGGGUUCAAUCAAAAUCGAUAUAAUCCUUUACCCGCAGAAGUUGAAUUAUCAUAGAAAAAAGUUUCAAUCAGCAAAAUUAUUCGAAUUCACAAUUUUGUUUAACACACAAAAGUGUUAAAUUAGAUUAAUACACAUUUACCCUGUAUCCAAAUUGCAAAAAUAAGCUAACAGUACCGUUAAACAAUAAAUUUACAAGCAACCCCAGAAA